AUGAACCAUAAACAUUUGUUAAGCUGCUGUGUCGAGAUAUUAGACUCUUUCAACCCGAGGAUUCAUGGCGUUUUGGAACAUCUGAAUUCUUGUUUAGCGACUAAGCAAGUAAGUAAAAUUUUCUCCUUUUAAUUUAGUGGUACCAUUAGAGGAAAGAAGUUUGCAGGAAAAAAAAAACACAAUUUGAAUUUAAGUCAUAUAUAAUUUUAAAAAUUAGGGGCUUGAAGAAAGCGACGAAUCAUUCAUAACAGAGGUUUACUCGGGAUGUGUGCAGUACAGCAGCAUUUUGAAGGUCUGUAUGAAUUAUUAUAGUUUUAUACUAUGAAAAAUUUUAAAAAGUUGGUUCUGAAUGGUACAUGUACCCGCUUAAACAUGUGCACUUGCUGUAAGUAAAUCAUUUUCUACGAGCUUUCAAAACAAGUACUAUUCUGUAUUAAAUACAGUAGGUCAUUCUUAAGAACUGGCAGUAACAAUCAAUUGAUAGAGAAAUCACUCGGGAUGAAAAUAUGUCAAAAUUUUCCUUUUUUUUUUCAAUUUGGAUGUUAUCAGUCACCUGGUCAACAAAACCUUAACUGAGAGUUGGAACUGAUCAUGCGACCCAAGAAUCAAGCCACCAUGCCUGUUUUUGUCAUUUUUUUGUUGUAGUAUUUUAAAGUAACCGCAUCUUUUAUAUUUGUGUUUUGAUGUGAUUUUCAUUUAGGUUGUUGUAGAUGCAUUUUAUGCCGAGGUAGGAAAGACUUCGCUUCGUUCCGAAAGGAAUGUUUACACAGGUUAGGGCAGUACUUUUAUAUAUAUUGAAAGUAUUCAUAUCAAAUACCUAUUGAAAAAGUUGUUUCAAAAUGCCUAGACAUUAUUUGGCUGCGGCCACACUUACAUGUAGCACUAUGGAAACUACACUACAGGCGUUGAAAAAAUAUUUUAUCACAAAUUCAUAUUUAACUAGAAUAAUACAGUUAAAAUCUCACUCACACCUUUUGUUUCAGUAUUGGCAUACUUGGCACUGUACAGAAUUGAUGAAUUAGGGAUUGCACAUUUCAGAAAAUUUGUCUUGAGCUAUGAAGCAAACAAGAUGCAUAGAGUGAGUGGUUUUAGUAAUUGUUGCCUUUUCUAAUACAGAAAAUAUUAACUUUUUUUGCCUUAUGUACUACAAUGUCUGAAGUAGGAACAUGUAUAGUAAUUCUUAAUUCAUGCAGUACAACUUAGUAAUUUUUAUAAAUAUUUUCUUGUUUUUGUUACCCAGUUUUUUUCAUUCUUUUUCAACGAAGAGAACAUCAAAACUUGGAUGAAAAAUGAGGUAAAAAUAAUAUUAACAAUAAUAUUAAAUAAUUGUUAAUUUAAUUCAGUACGUACAUGUUAUUACCAUAUUUAUAAACCUAUUUAAACAUUGCAAAGCUGGAGAGAUGGACAUCUAAUAGAUACAUUUCAUGGAAUUCUCCUCUCUAGAGUUACUAGUAGAAAUUCAUAUGAAAAAUAAAAGGUCUGCCGGGCAGCAAAUGAAUGAAGUCUGUUUUUUACUUGUGAAAAUGCCUAAUUUCAUGCUUUUUGGAGGACGUAAACACAUCUUAAAUUUUCUUAUCUUUUCAAGAUUGCACUUUGAUACAGUCCUUUGGAAUUUAUCUCCAGAAAAAUUUGACAAGAUUUGACAAAUUAAACAACGUGGACUAAUGGCAAGGAAGUUUGCAACACAACUGCAUGUAAUAAUUAUUACAUGAAGAGGUGUUGCGAACUUCAUCGCUGUUAGUCCACGUUGUAUUAAUUUUUCAAGUGACAUUUUCACUGCCAUUGCUGUCGUGCUUGCUUAAGCCCCCUAUCAUUUAAAAGGGAGUAGGGAAAUAAGUCCCUAACUGACUCUUACUGUAAUGUUAAAUUUUCCUUCUAUUUCACAGGCAAAUACACUUUGGUAUAAAUUUUUCGAAGUAGAUAAUUUAUUCCAUGCAUGAUGAGAAAUCACUUAGGAUUUUUUUCAUGCAUCCCUUCAUGGCUUAUCAGAUUUUUUACAAUAAAUAAUAUUAUGGUUUUUAAGUUUAAUAUCAUUCCAUUUUUUUAUUAUUAUUAUAUUGGUAGUGGUGUAAACACUAUGAACACAGCUAUGUCCAAACAACUCUGGUAUCUCCAUUGUUGAGGUGAGUGAGAGAUUUAAGAAGGUCACACUAGUAUGAAUAAACAAACAAGAAUUUUGGCAAAGUUACUGUCUUUGGACAAUGAUUGUCAGUCUAAUUUUGUAGUCAAAACGCAUAAACAUUUUGGUGAUUAUAGAAAUGUUAACUUCAUUAUUUAGAUGGAUGCCUGAGUUCCUUGAUCUGGUGGCUGAAUUAGGGGAUAAAUUAGCAAACAAGCAGAAGCCACGCAGACCAAAACCAGCAACAGGUUAGUGUUUGAAAUGAUGCUUAUGGGUCAAGUAUUUAUAAAUUCUUGACCCAUCAGUUAAGUAUGAGUUAAACACUCAGACAUUUAAUAUCUGAUUUCUAAAAUUUAUUAAUAACAUAACCCAAUCAUGUCAUCUGUUUCAGAGCCUAAACCUUUAACUUAACAACUCCCAGACCAUUUAAUAUCUGAAAAGGUUUGUAAAAUUUUCAAAGCCUAAUAACAUUUAGUCAAAAUUUCCGAAUUUCAAAUGGAACACGCUCAUCCCAUCUGUUUCCAGAGAGCCUAAACCCAUUUAACUUAACAAAUGUCGUGUUCCAUUUACGAGAGUUUGUACCAGUUCCAGGUCCCUGAAAAGGUGAGCAUGUCAAAAACAAAUCUUGUUCAAAGCCUGACACACAGUCUGUGAGUGACCAGCUAUACUCCUUAACAGGCUGCUCUUUGAUUGCAUCCUCCCUAGUGCUCUGUCUGACUAUACCAAUAUUGGUAAAUUAAAAGGGGACAUUACCAUCUAGUCAGCAUGGAAGUGUCACUUGCGGUUAAACAGAAAAUAUUUUUUUAAGUGAGAUAAUGAAUAGUAUGAAAUGUCAUUUGUCUCUUUCCCCCACCCUCCCUUCCCCAAUGGGCAGCAAGGUGAGAGAGACGACUGAAUGACCCAGCAUUUAUAAUGCCAUCCCAUGACGUCACAGAAUAACUUCUGCAAUUAUGCAUAAAUAUCUAGUUGGGGGCUAUGAGUGACAUUAGUGUGCUUUUCAAAAUAGACUUUGUCAGUACCUAAAGAAUUAUCUUGACUGAUUUGGACAAUUCUCCAUAGUUUAAGCUUCCAUAGUUUAAGCUACACCAAUCAGCGUUGACUUACCUUUUUCGCAAAAGUCUGUGAUGACACAGGACAGCAUUGUAAUGCUGUAAAUUCAGACGUCUCUCUCACCUUGCUGCCCAUUUGGCAGGGGGUGGGGGGGGGGUUGCAAAGAGACAAAUGACAUUUCAGACUAGAUAAUAAGCUUUGUUCAGUAAAACAGACAUACGAUCUAAACAGAGCAAACGUGAGUCGUCCUUGAGGCUAAAUUUCUUUCCCUGGUUACUUGAAAUACUACAGUCGAACUUCCACUAAUGGCCACCUCUCCACAACGGCCAUUUUUGGCAGACAGUCCAUACUCUCAUUCUUGUUUCAACAUCUCUACAAUGGCCACCUCUCUACCAUGGCCAUUUUCUGCAGUCCCCAAGGUAGUCAUUGUAGAGAGGUUUAACUACUACAAACUGAAAUACAUUUUUUGGGGCCCCGAAAUUUUCCAUCAGAGGCCACUUGACCCCGAUGAGAGGGGGCAACCGCACCCAUCUCCCCUUCUAAAUUUUUCCCAAAUCUGCCUAUUUUUACUGAUGUCCUUAAUUUACCAAAAUUGGUUUCCUGUUUUUCAGAUACCAAAAUUAAAGAAGCUAAAGCCAGUAAGUAGUAAAAUACAUUGUACAUCAUUACUGCAGUAAUUUUUGGUCGUUAGUUGGCACAUGACACAGCACCCCUCCCUAGGGAGGAGCAUUGUGUGAGAAGCCAAAUAUCAAUAAUAUUGUGUACACAAAGGAGACAAGAAUUAAGUUUAAGUAGAUUAUUUUUUUCCCUGGUUUGGGAGAAGAACUCCAAUGUAAUGCUCAUUAGUUCAUUAAAAUAUCAGCUUGCGGUUCGGGCAUGCGCAGAAAGCAAAAUUUCGAGACUUGGGUUUAAAAGUGCAUAUUUUAUGAAUUUUUCGCUUUUCUUGCCUCAUUUUUUUUUUUCUUGCGUUUAGUUUUUUGGUGAAGAUGGAAUGUGGUGGGUAAUUUUUCACCCAAUUUUUCAGGUCCUUUCACGUGGUUUUUGCUUCUUUCUCCGGUGUUACCAUGUGUGGUAUGGUUAAAGAAGCAAAAUUGUAAAAAAAAAAGAGAGAGGAAAAUGAAGAACACAAUCAUUGGCAACGUCCUUAUCGCGAUUAAAGUUACUGUUCAGAAAACUUAUUUGGCUUCUGUUUGAACAUAAUCUUUUAGCAGUCAAAUAAAGCUACUUGAGUCAUGCCUAGAUUGGACUCAUGAGAAUUCCAAUUUUCUGCUCAAUAUCACUGCCCCUUUCACAACAGAGUCACCCCCGCCCGACAAGACUCUUAUUAUCGGUUUAAUUUUCAAAAUUAAACUGAAUUAAGCCAUUUAAAUUCACGUGGGUAAUUUCAGAGACACUUUUUUUACUAAAACUUACUUCUAUUUUGUUUGUGACCAGGUUCCUCAAAGCACAUACCGAGCACCAGUUGAAGAAGACGUCAUUGCUAAAAUCCGGGAAGAAAAUAGACGUAGAGCAGAGGUAAGAUGAAACAGGAAAGGACAGGUCGUUUCUCUUUCUGUAAAGUGAUCAUUCCCUUUGUCAAAAAAAAUUAUAAAAGUUUAUGAAACAGUAAUUUGCAGCAAUCAAUUGGAAUUUCAAGGAAAAAGUAGAAAGAUUUAAAAGCUCAGAGACCAGGUUGUCCUAAUCCUUAUAAUUUAUAAUUUAUAAAGCAAGUUGACUGUAAGUCCUAAAUGGGUAUCCUAAAUUGCCUAAUGAGAAAGUAAAUCCGUUAUUGCCGGUUAGAUUAAGAAUUUUCUGACCUCUAAAGCAGAAUACAGGGUUCAAGCCCAAGGGGGUUCUGGAUGAUUCUUGUUUGUUUGGGCUCUGAAUGGCCUUUUCCAAGAGUUCAGAUAGUGAAUAGUGGCGCCAAAUGGAGAGCAGAAGGAAAAAAACGGAACCGCCUCGCUGUAAUUUCCUGGUCACUUUUAUUUGCACCGUCCCUGAAUGCCUGGAACAAGCCAGGCUCUGAAAUAAGCUUUUUAAAAGGGAGAGUAGAGAACGGGCAAGGGCGUCUCUUUAUUGGCUGUUAAAAUUAACUAACGAAACAGAAACUACAUUGUAUCAAAUCAGCUUUGUCACUCCUGUUAAACGCUACCUCAAAGUUCACACUUUGUAGGGCAUUAUACUCAAGGCUCAAAGGUUUCAUUUUUGCACCUAUUAUUUGUGUGUUGACCGCAGGAGGAACUGAUCAGGUCAUCUGCUCGCCAACCAGCUUGUGCCAGCGCUGAGAAAUCAGACAAAGCUAAAAGAAGAAUGAGAAGAAUUAUAGAUGAAGAAAACUCCAAGUAAGUAACUAAAGCUAGCUGGUCUUUUGUAAAGAAUGCGAAAGCGGCUAAAGUAUGUUGGGUAGGUUGAAAAAGUUUAGGCAAACCCUAUCCACAACUGAGUUUCUUGUUACAUGUAUUUGCUACAUCCCUCAGCGUUUUCUAUGCGCGCGGCGUCUAUUCAAAGGCGGCGUUUAUUUCAAAAUCACAUCUCUUGAAUAACUGAAAGUCAUUUGUACAUGUAAAUACACUUUAUACAGAGUAGCCAGCGAAUACAGCCGCUUCUCAUCGCGUCCUAAAAGAAGAAGGAUAUUUAAGUUAAUGUUAGACUUCCCAUGUCUCGCGUUCUCGCCGAGAGAGAGCCGUAAUUGUCUGGAAGGUGUAGGUAUAAAUGAGGUUUUUGUUAUAAUCCUCAAAUAAAAGCAGCAUCCGUGUGACUGGGUGCGGCGUUUAAUCAAGUAAAUACGGUAAUAACCACUUAUGGAAUAUAUGGGCUAAGAGCGCAAAAAUUCGUUUAUUCAGAUGUAUUUAGAAGCGAAAGAUUUCAACCAAAUCGAUCGAAAAUUUUGCGCAGGGUAUGAGCGCCGUAUACAGGUGUAUGGUAGAUCUUUUCAGCUAGUGUUUCUAUCUUUCUUUGCAGGUUACAGUUUAAUAAAGCGAAAGCACAGGAAAUGCCUUCAACUACGGUGAGAUAUUACAGAUUUUCGUUUACGCUAUGUUGUAGUUACCAGUAAUACCACUGUUUUGUUUAGAGCAUAACUAAACACAUACACUUGAAGCAGCAACGAAACGGAGGGUAAACUAAAGCAAUGACCAUUGGACACAUUUGCCUUUAAUUUGGGAAAAAUCGCUUGUUAAAUAGACUGCAAAACAGUCAGUUUUUUUCUCAAAAUCAGUAAAGAAAUCGGUAAAGCGUGGCGCAAGAGUCUUGCGCGCGCGAAGCGCGCGAGCCUCACACGCACUAGGGGCGUGUGAGGCGAGUGAAAAAAAAUGCAGUCUACUUGUUAAAUGCCAUUGCAUGACCUUAGAUUUUAAAGGCUUCACUUCUCCUGGCACUACGAGCUCAAGCCUCAGCUUUUAACAACAGAACAUCGAUUCCGAAGUUUUCUUUCUCUUCUUUCGAGCGCUCAUGUCAUUUGUAAAAUUGUUAUCUUUGACUAUGACAGUAAGUGUUACGCCGCAAAAUGUAAUAAUCGCCUCAAAAUGUAAUAUUAACGCAAAAUGUAAUAAGAAUCGCCGCAAAAUGUAAUACUAACGCAAAAUGUAAUAAAAUUUUCAACGCAGAAUGUAAUAAUCUUUCAACGCAAAUUGUAAUAACUUUUCUAACGCAUAAUGUAAUAACGCAAAAUGUAAUAAUUUCCGAAUAAUGACGUGCAUGCUAUUUCAAAAUCGGUAUUGUUGCUCAGUCAUCGGUAGUAGCGAAUUCAGAUCUUCAAUUAAAUUAUAAGCUAUUAUUAUUAUUGAUAUCAAUAUUAAUAUUAAUAUUAUUAAUAACAUUAAUAUUACUAUUACUAUUUAUUAUUAUUAUUAUUAUUAUUGCUAAUAUUACAAUGAAACAGUUGAAAUGAGGAGAUGUAAUCAUCUUUAGAGAACCGAAUGGGACGUUUGUUUUCGCUGAUUUGAACGUAAUACAGGUCCCAAUACAGUGCCCACCUAGCCGUCCUCUAAGCCAACAUUUCGCCCUAAGUGAGAAAUGAGUGUUAAUGUUGGCUUAGGGGAGGGGUAUGUGCACAGUUUCCCAUGAUUAUCCAAAAAUUCUAACCCAAAACAAUUACCCAUACACCCUCCCCCCCUCAAGUGGUCAAAAAUGGUCGUCCCUAAAAAGACGAAAUUGCGCACUCUUUAUGGAUCUCCCAGUUCACGAUUUGGUGCCGUCAACUCUAAGCCAAUGGCGAUUGCGUGGCUGAGCAAAUUCAAGGUUUCGUUUAGCGUCGAAUGCGUUUCCUGAUAUUGAGUCGGUCGGUCGGAUUUAAAAAAAAAACCUAAAAAACAAAUCACAAGAAGUCUCGGAAUAGGAGGCCCUGGUACCCCAGGACGACGUUAAAAGUUAACAUUCACAUAUUUGGAUUAACAAAAUACACAAUGUACUGUAAAAAAUGUUUAUGUCUUUGUUCCUGUUUUUCUCUAUGCUGUUACUAUGCUCAUUUUUCAGAAUAAAAGAAUUAUUUCAAGUGGAAAAUGGUUUAACUACGUCGUUACUUUGUUUUUUAAAAUGUCAAAAAUUUUGGUAGGUCGGACGACGCUAAACGGAGAAAAAAAAGAGGAUGGCCUGUCUUCUAAUCACAACUGCCUUGCCAGGCAAAUUCAAUAUUUUUGUGCAUCAGCUUAACUCUACUCUAAUCAAAAAUGCGUUACUGGGCUAACUAAAAAAAUAUUGCGCUAUCUGUUCUAGGCAAACGACAACUGCCUUCCAGGGCAAACUGAUUUGACUUUGCAAAGCUUGGAAACUUCAACUUAAAAGAAACUUGGACCUAAAAAACAGCAUUUAGAACAAUUCAGCCUCUAUUAAGUGAGAACUUAGAAAAAGUAAGCUACAGGCAAAGUUGUCUGGUUCUCAUGAAAAAAAGUGUGACAGAUAUCUUAUAUUUUAAAUGCAUUUGAAUUAUGCUUUGAAAGUUGAUUCUAUUACUUGUUUUCGACAACAGCUAUUUUAUUUGACUGAAUUAAAUUCAACACCUGAAAUUAAACCAAGUCUCUCAGUUGUUACAGUUGUCGUACAGUACAGCAAGCUCUUGCAGCCAUUUUUAUCUCGUCACACAACGCUCCUCCUCCUUUGUUGGGGAAGAGUGUUGCGUGACGAGAGAAAACACGGCUGCGAGGGAGACUAGCUCAGCACGGAAGUAACACGACGUUUCAACUGUUAUUUCAUUAAUAAUAACAAUAAUAAAAAGAAAAAGAAGAAGAAAAUAAAUAUUAUUACUAUUAUUAAUAUCAAUAUUGAUAAUAAUAAUAAUAAUAAUAAUAAUAAUAAUUUACAUGAAGAUCUGGAUCAGCUACUGAUUACUGAGCCACAAUACUGAUUUUGAAAUAGCAUGCACGUCGUUAUUUCGGAAAUUAUUACAUUUUGCGUUAUUACAUUAUGCGUUAGAAAAGUUAUUACAGUUUGCGUUGAAAGAUUAUUACAUUCUGCGUUGAAAAUUUUAUUACAUUUUGCGUUAGUAUUACAUUUUGCGGCGAUUCUUAUUACAUUUUGCGUUAAUAUUACAUUUUGCGGCGAUUAUUGCAUUUUGCGGCAUAACAGUAAGGAAUCAUUCGUUUUUGUUUCUCAGGGCGGAAACAUUCCGAUCAAGUUAAAUGCCGCUACAAUCAUGAGAGAAGGAGCACUGUUUCAAAAGAAGGAAGAAGAGGAAUUAAAAAAGUAAGCUUUUCUCUUCAAUUUAACUUUGUCUUGGUAAUUUCCUUUGUUGUGUGUGUUGAAACGCAUUUUAUCCCAACAAUUUGAUUUUUUUUCUUGCAGACUAUUGGAGUAUGAAAAGGGUGGAAGAGAUGCCUCCGAGUUCUUAAAAUGGCAAGAAACUACAAGAAAGGUAUUUAAGUGUUAAAAAUAUAUAUUGUCGACCGUGCAUGUGUACAAGAGGAAGCUUUAAAUAGGCGACGACGACGGCGAAGGAAACGAGGAAACUUUGCACGUGCAUCACGCUUUUUUGUACAUUUCUUUGCCAUUGCUGCACGACCACGAAGUAAAACUGCCUAAGCUUACGUUUUGUUGACAAAGUCAACACAGAUACGGCCUUUUAAUUAGAAGAGAACUCCAGAAAAAUUCACCAACAAUUGACAAGCCGGAAUAGAACGACAGCGAUAAAUCUUGAAACAGCAUAAAUGCACUAUUUAACAGACGUUUUCGCCACCGUCGUCAUCGUGAUCGUUUAAACACCCGAAUAGCGAUCCAUCGAGCUGAUUGUAUGUGUGUUUUUUACGCGGAAAAAUGGGCGUUAAAAAAAAGUUAGGAAGACGCUGUCUUUUUAUCCUUGUGUACUUAUUCAUUUACUUUUUACACGUAUUUAUUUUGUUGUCGUUAUUGUUCUUUUAUUGCAGAAAGACCUGGACGAAAAGCUGGCAGAAAUCGAGAGACGAAGAUUAGUAAGUAAUUGAAACGAGUUUUUAGAUUUUGUUUCCAAGACUGUUUGCAUGGUCAUAACUGAACCAUGCUCUCUUUAGUUUUCCAUCGUAAUCUGUCUUCUUUUUUUCUUGAAGGAGGGAAAAUUGAGCUAUGAAGAGGCGAUAUUAGCCAGACAAACCAUGAUCAAGGAAAAUCAACAGCGAGUUAUGGAAAUGAAAGAAGAGGUAAGGAGAAAAUGACUAAAAGUGAGGAUUUAGGCGGAGAAACCCCCUCCCGAAAUUAUUUUUUUAAGCUAGCAAAACUAUGAACAAGUAGCCUGCAUGGAAGCUUUUGAGUGCUUCUUUAAUUUCCAGGCAUUUCAACCCCGGAAACGUCGAUGGAAGGCGCCGGAGUGCUCUGAACACUGCGCCAUCUUUGCUUUCCCUCUCAAAAGGGGCCAAAGUCAAAAUUCAACGAAUUUUCCAAAUUCCAUUUUGUAAAAUGUUGAAAAACAGCUGACACCCUGUGAAAGUACGACCAAAAAGCUUUCAUUCGGAUGGUCACCUGACCAUAGGAUUUCAUCAUCAGACUUAAACGUUUAAACUACAUACUAAGCAAAUAGUACCAUGUGAAAGUACUGCUGAAGAGGUUUCAUUUGAAUGGUAACACCAUUUUGUUCACAGACCAAAGAGAUGAUGCAGAAGCAUCUGGAGAAAAAGUCAAAAGAAGGGGAAGAAAUGAGGUUUGUGUUGCCUGUACUGAUUUAACUGAAAUCUUUGACCGGUAUUAUCAAGGCGUCAGUUUUAACUCGCUGUGUCUCAGGUCAAAAGUUUAAUUUUUUUUUUUCAAUUGCAGAAAACUUGUUGAGCAAACUAUGAUGGAGCAUGAAAAUACUAAAGAAGCUCGAAGAAAACUUCAAGAAUACAAGCAAAAACUUGGUACGGGUUUUUUGGUAGCAUUCUUACAUCGGUGUACAAGGUUUUCGUAUGAUAUUUUAUUGGAGUUCUUGAUCAUAUUACACGGACGAACAGAUGUUCUAGUGCCUUGUUUUAAUGAUGAUAAUUGAUGGUUUACACCAAUUCUGAUCACUUGAAGUGUCUACUUACUCACCUUUUACUUCAUCGUGCAGUUUGGCGUGGUUUUGUUGCUUUAACUGUUCCAUAUUUUCAUUGGCGUUACUGAAUUUUUUUCGUCUUUUUUUCUUCUAGUACAAGAAGUCAGCAAGGAAAGCCAAGAACUGAUGCGGAAAGCGUUGGAAGAGGUAACGUUAUCUUUUUUACCGAAUUUUACCUUUCCUUUCUGCGGAUUAAAGGAUGCGGUGGAUGUUGCUAGACUUUUCCAAAAAAAGACCUGUUAAAAGAGACAGGACGUAUUGAUAGUAAAUUUAGCGUAAUUUUUCUCAACCAAGAGAAGGAGUGUUACAAGUGAGGAGAUAGGUGCUGUAAUAUUUAGAUUCUUAUCAAAAGCUAACCUCCCAAGAGGGUUACUGAAUAAGCGCUGUCAGCUAACGCCCAGUCAUAAACCUGUGAUUGCAAAAGAGAUUAAAAAGCUUCGUCAUCUCAAUGACUCAUGGAACGUUCAGUUUAUACAGCGAGGUGGUCAGGAGUAAAUCAGCGGAGAAUGAUAAAAAUUAAAAUACAAUUUCUUUUGACUGCUUUUCAGUAUUUAACUGUGUAACAUUUUUGAUUCAGGAGUUUGUAUUUUGUAGGCUGAGGAAGAAAUGAGGCAACGAGUGGCGUUGAUCGCCAAGAUACGAGCCAUAGAAAGUGUGCCUGUGAUCAGGUUUAAGGUACCUUUCCUCUUAUUUCCAUAUUAAUCACUAGCUCAUUAACCCUAAAUCAGUUCGUCUGAUAAACUGUAAAGUUUUUUCUAGUAUUUCACCAUUUUUUUUUUAAUUAACUGUAACGAGACCUUUUUGACUCGGCGUUCAUUGCCUUUAUUUUCCGGCAUUGACUUUAUGAUUGAUCAGGCUGCGACAUUGUAAGGAGAAAUUAAAUGUUAAUCACCCUUAACUCAUUUACUCACAUGCUCUUUUCCAGCAAUGGCUUGUAUCCCCUACAGAAAAUUGUUGUACCGUUGCUAUAGUUUUUCGUGAAGUAACGGUUUUUAUUUUUGUUUAAAUAGCAUGUAGAUCUCACGGAAAGUUCAGGAGCUGGUCUUCUUAAUGAAAUGUCCGUCGCGGAGGUGAGGCCGUUAGAAAUUAGAAAGUGGAAUUCCCGUCAUUUUUCUGUGAAAAAACUUUUGUUAAAAAGUGCCUUUCAUUAAACUAGUAGUUUCAGGAAUACCACCGGAUAGUAGACUACCGGUCAGCAGUCUGAGGCCAAACGCAUUAAUUUUAACGUUAUAGACGUGAAAUUUUACGUCCAGUCCAGUCAAACUCUUAAUUUUAACGCUAGACGCUUUUUUAGCAGUUGGGUAUGACGUUUGGCUUUUUGCUCUUGCUAUUUUUCUCCGAAAUUCUCCAAUUUUCUUACCACUGUAGAAGAUCAAGAACGGUACUGUUACUAAGGUUUCCUGCCAUGAAAAAGCUUAGCUUGUUUACUUGUUUGUUUUUUUGUUGUUUGGGCGUCAGCAUGUUUUCACCUUUGAGUCGAAAUUUUGUCCAAAAUAUUGCUGAGAAGUUUGCUUCAACCUUGCUUUUUAGUUACGGGAGAGGCUGGCUUUGCUUAAAAUCGCAGAAAAGGAAGAAGAAGAGGAUAAGAGAGAUAGCAUUCUCAAAUCCAAAGUGGUAAGUAGUGAAGGCGUUAAAAGAGCUGCGUCACGACAUUUAUCAAAAUUCUAACAGAAAGAACUGCCACUAAACUGAAUGAAACAAAAAUAAUCGAUGAAAACAUUAAAAGAAGGUGUAAAGAACAUAGCAAAUUCAAAAGUGGUCACGGAUGGACAACCCUUAAGAAAUUUUAAAACAGAUCGAAAUUGUGGGGUUUUGAAAACUUGUUAUCCUAACUGUUUUUCAAAGCUCAUUUUAAUUUGUUGUUCGUAACGUUUGAUGUAAUGCUUGGGAAGUACUUUUGUUGGACAAGAGGCUGUGAUUUUGUCAUUUACAAGAAGUUUCUUCGUUAACGUUAAUUUCCUUGGUACAUAAGAAAACGUAAUCGGCAAUAUCAACGAAAUGAACUAAACAACUGUGAACGGGUGAAGCCAUUGAAAAUUGAUAGAGCUACAAAACAACACUACCCAUGCAAAACCGCAAGACUGCCCCGCGUUACAGGUGUUUAUGCCUUGUUUAAUUUGUCUUUGGAAUUCUCAACAGGAGAAAGAUCAGCAUCUUAUGGACACUCUGGAAACCAUCGCUAAACAUCGAGCACAGAAGGGAAAGGAGGCAGCCGUCCAGUAAGUGGCUACAUUAGCGAGCUUAAGUAACCAAAGCGGCGACGGCAACGACAACGUCAAGAUAACAAUCGACUAAAACUACGCAUGUUUGUUUACCCUAUACCGGAUAGCUCGCUCUUACGCAGACAAUAAAACCAUACCGGAUAGAGUUUCUGUUCAUACGUAAGAACGGUGAUUUCGGCGCGAUUUCUUUCACGGAGCGAAGCUGCGCCGAGCCAGUCUUGAAAGUGGAUCGUCACAUAUCGGAUAGGUUUCUGCUAUUUCGUCUUAGUGUGAACAGGUAUUCGGACCGUAGCGGAAGUAAAUGAGUAGGAGCUAGGACUAGUACCCACUGAGACGGAAGGAGAUAUUCAGAGGUGAGAACUGGGAUCAAGUGCACCAGACCCUCUAGGCCAACCGCUCCGCACGGUACUAUGUUCGAUGCGUGUGAACAACUUGUUCCAGUUCUGCGCCGUUGCCGUUCAAACUGUACCGAGUAGCUUUUCAUGUUGAAUCGAAAAGCUGUCCGGCUGGUAUAGUGUAGUGUAUUGUGGAGACUUAGAUAGUGGAAGAAGAGAAAAACAGGGCAUAACUCUUUGUGCUUUCAUAGGCUUGAACAAAAGAGGCGCCCUGUGAAAACCGAAGUGAAAGAUCCAAAACUGCAAGAAUUGCAAGAAAAACUAGAGGCCAAGAAAGCAGGUAGGUUACCGCUGAACUUCGAUCAAGAGAUUUGUUAUAUGGCUGAAUCCGCGACCGGGCAAGAUAAAGCGUUUCCUGCGUUUUGAUUGGCUACUCAAGCGGGCCCGCUCGGGAUUUCCCGCGUUGGUCCCGUUAGAAAAAGUUCUCUUUUUGGCCAUACAAUAAAUCACUUAUUGACCAGGCUUGUUUGGUCAAGAUGGCUGGAUAUUGGUGUUGUUCUUUUUUGCGUUUUUAUUGACCCCGACUUCGUGUCGGUAAAUAAACUUGGCCAAUAUACAGGCAUCCUGACCGAACAAGCUUGGUCAAUGGCGCAUAUGUAUUUAUUAUACUUUGUUUGAUUAACUCUAUGUGUUGAAAUUAUUAUUGAUUAUUUAAACUAACACCAUUCACACCAACUAAACAUGUUUAAUUAAACUAGGGUUUAAAAAUGAAAAAGACCAACGGAAAACUAGUACACAGGCUGUUACACAGAAUUCAAGUGAACUUUAACAUGUUAAAGAAUGGCGCUAAACUUACCAUCAAUAAGAGUACAGUAAACAGCUUUUAUGAAGAACACAAAUUUAACCGAGUUUAACUAAACAGCUUUUAAACAUGUUUAAGCUUUGGUGUGAAUGGGGCUUGAGAAGAUUUUAAUUGUGAAUGUUUCCGGUUACUAACAGAUUUUUAUUAACAUGUUAUAAAAUUUACUAAUCUAUGUCAUUUUUUUGUUGUUUUGUUUUGUUUUUUUUUUUUAUAGAACGUAAAAAGGAAACUGAGAAGCUGGCCGUGCUGCCCAAAAAAAGCUCUGCCAGGCGACAAAAAACUUUGCAAACAGAAAAGGUUGGUGGCUAAUUGCCCGCUUGUAUACUAAUACUUGUCGUACGCCAGACAAUUGCCUUAACAUGUUAAUAGUAAGCUCGGACGUCAGCAUACAAUGUCGCCGCUGGCAGCCGCUGUCAGUCCAUUUAUGAGCUUACUGUACCCACCCAACCCAUGAUGUGAUGUUUCGGCCAGUGGCGUGGGUUCUUUUACGUCCCACAAGAUCCUGAUAAGACAAAGUGAAAGUGCUGUGAGAAUUCCUUUUCACUGUUUACUUAAUUAUCUUUUAACUUUCUGCAUUAUCGUUACAGUGUUUAUCUUUGUAAAUCGUUGUCUGUGUUUUAUCUUUGCGCUUUUAACAAUGACGGUGGUUUUAUUUCAGGCGGAUCUUGAAAAGAUGAGAUGGAGAGAACUUGAACAAACUCGUGAAAAAGCAGCUAAACUUCGAAGCGAAGGACUGGCUAGUAGAAACUCUGCGGGAGUCAGACCCGUCACCACGCUAAAGUAA